GGGAUUAGCUAUACAUUUUACCAUUUUGAUUAAUGCCCUUUUCAGCUGCUGUUGUUAACCAAUCGUGUUACUUCAACGAACAGUGUGAAUUUGUUAAUCACAGGACUGAAUGCAAAGAAGGAAUAUGCGUUUGCAAAUUUCAAGAACAACCAAUCUUCAAGCCGGACGGAAGUGUAGAAUGUGUCGUAAUUCAAACGUCUUACACGCCAGAACGAUACGUCGAUCCGACGAUGAUUGGAAUAUUAGUCGCCAUGUUCCUGAUGUUCAUCACAAUAUGCAUCGUACUCAGAUUAUUUAGCAAGGCAAGAUGGAGAGAAAAUCGCACAAUUUUCAAUACACCGAACCCACGCUUGAUGAAUGCGUCUUUGUUGAAGGAAAAGCACCAUGAUCGGCGAGGAUCGAAAGUCAGUCGUGGCCCUAGUAGACAGCCCAGUAUGGGUUCGCUAAGGCCGAACUCGCCCAACUCACAAGGGCGUUUGUUUCUAGGAUCACGAGGCUCGCGAGCCAGCAGCAACGGUUCGAUUCCUUCCACCACCAGGUCGGCCAAAAGUCCGCCACAGAACAUUAACUCUGCUACAACUCCCAUGUUGGAAUCUGUCACCGUGGAGAUCCAGCAGGUCAAGGACAUUAGAGGCGAUGUCAGCGCUUAACACGCUGUCUUUUUAUUGACCAAUUCAUGUAGAUUAAUUCAAAAUGGAAAGUAUUCUAGGUUUGUAUGGUAACUUGAACAAACUAGUGUCAGGGGGCAAGAACAGCCUCUUUUGUUUUUUUUAGAUCAUAAAUAUCAUACCAAGUAACUGCAUCAGCAUAGUGAUAAUUACUCCAAGCAACUGGCGUCCCGCUAAGAAGUCUAUAGUAUAACCGAAAGACAUUUGAUAGUAAAUUAGUUAUUGCUGGGAAGCAAGUGAAUGACUUGAUGAUCGCUGAUAUUGCCGUAUUGUAAUGCAAUUCUACCCACUGGCCUAUUAUAACUUUAACGAUUAUAGCUAUGCAGUAAGCAUAUUCUAUUUGCUUUGACGACUCUAGUAGCCAGUGAUGCUAGGGACCAUAUGAUAACAAUUUGUCCAAUCAUCACAUGUUCACAUUUCACUAGCGUGCACAUCUUUUACUGUGCAGUGAUAAUAUAUAGUCCAAAAUGAAAAAGGUAAGGAAAAUGCGAAGUAUGUUCAAUGUCAUUAUCAAAGAGACCUUACGAAUAAUAGGAAAGUUACCAAUAUGUUAUUUUGUAAAAAUUAAAAUUGAAAACGUAAACCAAAUAGCUCGGACACCUGUCACAAGUGUUCAAAAUGAUUUAGAUUUGCGAGGAUAUCAGAUAUUCAUAAAACUCAUAGUUUAUUCAUCGGUAUCAAUAUUAUUUCAACAAAAUAUGAAUCAUAGGUUUGAACGAUUAAUAUCAAGCAAAUAAAGACAUAUGCAAGAAUUGUCAAAAUGCCAAAUGGCGGUUGCAAGAAGACUGAAAGGUUAUAGCAGCAGUUACCAUCCGUCAGUCAUCCAAACCAAAGUUUGUGUUUAUUAUUGUCACUUUCACUCAUUUAACAUCAAUCCAUAUCAUCCACAAUCAUGUUUCUUAGGGUAUUUACGUAAAUUCUGUGCUGGAAAAAACUGUAGGUUGCAAAGAUGUCCGCAGUGAAUCAAGAUUUUUGAUAAUUACAAGACUCUUCAAAACAUCUGCUACCAUGAAAACAAUUCAACAAUAGUGGUACCUUUGCCAUUAUGUACGGCAGGUCUCUAUAAACGGCAAUGAAAAUUCAUAGAACUCCUUUGAAUGUCUAUUAAUUUGUAAUUAUUUCUCAUAUCAUUUAAAGUAUACAUUAAUAUGAUGAGUCGUUCAAGCAUAUUUCUUAUCUUAAUAGUGAUGGAAGCACGAAAUAUAUCACAACUUAGCUAGCACAAGGCUUAGAUUUAGAGUCUAAUACUUUUUAAUGUGCUUUCGAUUAAUAUGUAAUAUAUUAAGUUUGGUGGUAACAAAAAUAGUGGGAAUAUUUUGUGAUACUACCAAUGAAGGAGCUGUGAUUGUAUGCUUGGUAGUUUCGAGUGCCUAGUACUGGCUUGGACAGAAAGUGCUGGGAAACCUUUUUGCCCAAAUCAGUAUAACGUCGAACGUGCAGAGCUGUACGAAUUUAUAAGAAUAUAUACCGCUCUGCUACAUGUCAUCCAAUAUAAUACUGUACAUGUGGAACAAUGCUAGAUUUGCUGACAUACAAGUAACAGAUGCUCACUCUAUAGUGUAAAUUAUGUUAAUUUGUUACCAUGUGUUAGAUUUCGUUAUAUAAUGUAGUUCGCAGUCUCAAUAAGUAGGUGUUCAUACACAAAAUUACUUCAAACCGCGUAAUUACCCAAAAUAUCUGUAUUCUGAAGGAACGCAAGCUUUGCUUAUCUACUAUACAAACACUAUGAUAAACGAUAAGGUAACUUUAUAAUAUAAAGCUUGAAAUCUUUUUACUCUUGUACUGUACUCUUGUACUAUAUCAAUAUUUUACUUGCUAAUUCUUUUAAUAAAAUGCU